AUGUUCAUGUGGUAUCAUUGGGGUUUGGCUCCAGGCCAUGUAUAUGCACACAACACGCCGCUAGACAAUGGGGAACAGUUUUCUCAUGCUGCUGAACUGCCACCUAUGGAGGAGGAAAAUGGACUGGCAGAUGGCAAUAGAGAAACCGAUAUUACUAGAGAAGAUGACAGCGGCUCUGUAGCUUCUGACAUUGAGGAUGGUUCACACGAAGAUGCUAUAGACAUUUUAGAGCAGUCUGGAGUACUAGAUUUGGAUGCCAGCAAUUUCAGCGACAAUGACUACUUGGUAAUUAAUGCUGAGCUUUUGGAUAUGUAUGGCCAAAACUUGGAGGAUUAUGGCCACUAUGAUUGA